UUUAUAACAGACUGUGUGUAUGUGUGUGCCAGGCAGCUAAUUUAUUGUCCAGUGCUGGAAAAGUUCUACAUGUUUGGAAACAAAAGUCAGUGCUUCUGAUGAACUGAUGAAAUACAAAGUUUGUCAUCAUGGUGUAAUCAUCAUGACUCACUGUGGAGUCAUUCAGUGAGCUACCAUAAGCAGCACAACAACAGGGGUCACAUAAGGUGCUCAUCAGGUCUUACAGCACUGCAGUUGAGAUACAGGCCAUAAGGACCUCAUUACACAGCCGCUUAGCUGCAUAUUACCGUAUUUUACACUCUGCAAAUACUACUAGUAUUGUGUUCCUGAAUAGAUGGAAAGGUUUACAUUCACACAAUCAGUAUCCUGAAUUUGAUCAUAUUCAGGAUAUGCUUUUCACAUGGAAUAUAGAGAAAGCUGGAUAUUCAUCUCCCUGUGAUGCUGUUAUUCAUGCUUCUUGUCAUGUGUGGUGUUGCAGGCAUGACUGUGACUGCUGCAGUUGAGGCCUUACAUAAGCCUCUGAAACCAGGAUAUGAUGUUCACAUGCCAGCACAUGACUAGGCCACUUCACAUACCCGAUUAUUACCAGGUGUGCAUGUAAAAGUACUUGCUGCAUGACUGAUAUAAUCAGCUUAACCUGUUAUUUGUACAGCACUUGCACAAUUAUUACAAGCAGUGUGCAAGACCUGACAUUUUUGAGAAAGGGCCCUCAGUACAGUUUCAAGGAUUAAGAAAUUGAAUGAGAUGAGCAGAACUUUAAUGAAUAAAAUGUAUUUGUCACAAAGAACCAACAGAAAAUGGUAGGCAUUUCCACAAAAUACAUUAUACAGGUUUCCUGCCAUGAAAAUCUGCAGUUUUUGUGUUGAUUAUACAAAGAUUUGCUGAGGUGCUUUGCAGAGAAAAUUCUGUUUUUCCAAUUCUUUUAGCAUCCUAAAUUGCUGUUGAACCCUAGCUAUGAUAAUAAUAACACAUAUAAAAUAAACUAUAAACUAUGAGGUAUGAAUUGUGUGUGUAGCUGGAGUCCAAACCCCAAAUAAAACAGCUUUUAUCUCUCCCACAUCUCCUCAUAGAUCUUUGAAGAUACAGAGCUUCUUUAUCAGAUUCUUAAUAUCAGGCUAGAACCACAGGGGUCGGGUUGUGUGCGUCUAUGUGUGUGUGUGUGUGUGUGUGUGUGUGUGUGUUCAUUGACUGGUAGUGUGUGUUCUCUUCAGGCUCUGCAGUGAGCUUAGAAGGCAGCAUGUCGGCUGCUGUGAAGCCUCUGUGAGUCCGAGUCGACUCGGUGGGAGUGACAGUUGGCCAGCGGCGGCAUCCUGCUGUCUGCUGAACGCAGCCACAGCUCUUCUUAAUGGACACAGUUCAGGAACUGAUGGCACUGAAAAGAGGUCUGUCUUCUGUCUCUGAUUGUCAAAUCAAAGACAGACAGUCCUCUCUGGUUCACUCUCUCACUUUUUCACCGCUGUGUUUUUAUUUUUGGGUUCUAUUUCCCUCUUUAAUCUCUCUCAGGUGCACAUAAAUCAGGUCAGAUUAUAUUUUCAUACAAGAGCUGCAUCAUAAAAUUGGAAAAGCAUGUCUCCUCCUGACAUUAUCAGAAGAAGCAUCACUUUAAUACAGUGUAUUCUAAUGGCCAGAUGCUGUGUCAGUGGAUACCAUUGUAUUCUAUUGAGCCUGCCAUUGAUGGAAUGGCCAAUGGCAGUAUUGCAUCAGUCCAUAUAAUAUAGAAAAGUCAUUAUUCAUGUAUUAACGUAUAGGCAUUGUAUGUUUCAGGAACUAUUUUCUUUCUACCGAGCUACACCCGCCAACCAUAUCACUGUGCAGAAGAAAGCAUGCACUAGCUAGCCUUUAAGGAGCUUUUAGAUGCAUCUCACAGUCUUCAUCAGCCAAAGAAACCUCAGAAAAAGCCAGCAGGUGGACCUAUGAUAUGUCACGCAUAUUCCAUAGUAUUCUAAUAAUAAUGAUAUUGCCAGAGAUGUUAUCUGUUUACUGUACAUUACGUGAUAUAUUGAUUGACAGCAGUUACAUAGCUGUCCAAUUAGGAAAGAUUCGGACAACUGUUGCCAUGGCAUUUGGCAAAGUCUUUAGGGUGUUGACAAAAACUUGCUUUUGGCAACUUAUUAAGUUUAGACUUUAAUUAGAUAAGGUUUUUAGAUUAAAACUAGAUUUAAAGAAUGACUCAUGGUAUUCAUAAAUUAUUCACACUGCUGUUUUUAUAUAAAAACUACAAAUUGUUCUGUCCUAAUGAGAGUGAACUGUGGCUUUUUAAGGCUGACAGCUCAGGAAGGGCUUAAUAGAGACACAGAGGAUGUUUGUUUGCUGUUGGGUUUGUUCCUAAUUUAAUUUAUCAUCAUAAACUUAACUAAAUAAAUCAAUUAGAUUUCUUCAAUCAAUUAGGUUCCUCUUAUGGCUAUCAAGAAGACUAAGAACAGAGUUGUGUUGGCAAGGAGGAGCCCUUAGGGGAAAUCUGACCGAAAAUCAGUGCUUCAGGGUUUUAUUUUAAACUGGCAACAGAUUCCCAUAAGACACACACACACACACACACACACACACACUCACACUCACACACUCAUACACUGGUCCAGAUUGGUGUGUAAUGACAUUUUCGUGUCCUGUGGCUGCUCCUAUGUCAGUUUAGUAAUCAGUCCACAUUAACUCUGUGUGGGUGUGUGUGUGUGUGUGUGUGUGUGUGUGUGUGUAACCCUACCCUAGUCAGAGCCGUCUGUGAUCUGGUCCAUUGUUUAUGAAUUAGCAAUCUGGCUUGUGAGCUGCAUUUAGCCCAUUAGGGUCAGCGGUGUCCCCGGGCUUAGCAGAAACCAGACCAGAGACAGAGAGAGGACAGCUGCUCUGAUAAUAUCAUGACAAAGUCCCCUCAGUCUAUGUGUCAGAGAGAGGGCGAGAUGUUUCCUUGUAAGGUUUGAAUGUUCGAUCAACACUGGAGCUUUACAGCUUCUGCACGUUUUCAGAGGAAAAUACCUGAAGUGGAAGAUAAAGUGCAUAAGUAGAAGUAUACAUUUAUCUAUAACUAGUAAUUCACCUGUAUCCUUAGUUUAUAUGUAUCAAAAAGUUUUAGCAUUUCCUGCUGCCAGAUGACUAAGUCACAGUUUACAGUACAGGCUUCUCAGCUCUGAACAUGAUCUCAUUACCUAGAAGCAUAUCUAAAGCCUUUUUUAAGGUUGAUAGUUUGUUUGUUUUAAAAAAAAGUAAAGAAAUAAUAUUCUACAAAAAUUUGUUACAGUUGGUUAAACAUGAAAAAAGACUUCAAAGUAUCAAAAGUCAAUUAAAAAAUGUAAAAAAAAAAAAAAAAAAAAAAAAGUUUUAGAAAGUCAUCAAAAUUCAGUCAUUAAAAUAAGACAAAAAAGUAUCUUUAAAAACCCAAAGUAAAACUUAACCCUAAAGUUUUUCUUAAUUAGAAAAAAAAAAUCUUACAAAGCCAAUAAAAAGUCAUUUUAAAGGUAAAUGCUUGUUUUUUUUAAAAAAAGUCAUUUUAAAGCUAAAUUAAGGAAAAAACUUUUGAAGUCAAACAAAACUCAUCAGAAAUUAAGCUUGUUCCAUGUAAUUCAAAAAAUAAGCCAAUUUCUAAAAGUUCAUGAUAAAGUGCAAAAAAAAAUAAAAAGAAGCAAGGCCUGCAUAGGUAGAAUUUUAAGGGAAGGGGUUAAAAAGGAUCCUUCAAACAAGUCAUGUAACAAUGAAAUAACAAUUUCUGCUUCUACGUGAGUGAGUAGUUUAACAAAUCCAUUUUUUAUACAAUAAAAACUCUAAAUGAAGAGUAUGAACACUUGAGACAUCUCAGGCUUCACUCCUGUCUUCAUAUUCCCACCUCCCUCUCUCUCACACCCUCCUCCCUCCCUCUGUCUCUCCGUCCCUCUCACGGCUGGUUGUUGAGGACUCAGUCAGUCCUCUGGUCUCACAGCCGACAGUCUGAUCACAGUUAUCAGGCAAGCUGAGGCUUCCAGGAACUGAGGGGGAUUAUCUGGGCAGGCUGUACCCAGGGGAGGCACUCUGCUCCUGGGGACGUGCAGCCGGGAGCGUCCCUCCGAGCCUUUUUGUCUGAUGGAUCAGUGGCAGGAGCUGAUGGUCCACCACCACCAACUAGUCUGGACCUGAAUGAUCAGGGUCCUCUGUAUGAUCGGACAUGAUGGAACUACGCAGAACUUAAUGACUUCUGGAUAAUUUUUCAUACAAGAGGACAAAGCCAGGGUGUUCUUCUUACUUUGGAUUAUUCAGAGGCAGACAAAAUGAGUUGUUGUGGAAUUAUUAUAGAUUGAGUUUGCUUAUUGAGCUCAGAUAAAUAUGUGUGUGUGUGGUCUGCACAUUGCUUCACAGACUGUGUGCGUGUGUGUGUGUUUUGAGGCAGUCUGUUAGUUUGUGACUCAGCAAGCCCGUGCUUGCUGGUGAAGGAACACUCUACCCCAGAUACCUCACAUAACUGUGUGUGUGUCUCUGUGUGGAGAUAAGAGCAGGUGCUGACGUUACACACUCACACUCACACACUGUUCAUUCCUUUAUAUAUAAAAGUUAGUGGUUUGACUCAUGGAGGAGUAACCGUGGGACACUUUUUGGUGUGGAGCUGGAGGAUGGACUGUACAGUAUGUGUUUGACAGACAGAUGAGCUGAUGCAGUCCGGUGGAUUAUUAAAGAUUAUAGUUGAGCCUUUUGUCCCGGGACACGAGAUGAAGAGGAGGAAGGAGAGAGCAGGAGCCCCACACCUUCACCUCCACUGUCGGACGAGCAACAGGAAGAGCCUGAUUGUGACAUCCAGCACCUCCCCCACCCUGCCGCGACCACACUCACCUCUGCACGGACACACAGGUACCAGUCCACUGGACAGCCCUCGCAACUUCUCCCCGAACACAGCUGCACACUUCUCCUUUGUUCCUGCACGCAGUCAUGGACACAGGGCUGACAGGACGGAUGGCAGACGCUGGUCUCUGGCCUCUUUGCCCUCCUCUGGCUAUGGCACCAACACUCCCAGCUCCACUGUCUCGUCCUCCUGUUCAUCUCAGGAGAAACUGCACCAGCUGCCCUUCCAGCCCACCCCAGAUGAGCUGCACUUCCUUACCAAACACUUCAGCUCCGAGAGCAUCACAGAUGAGGAGGGACGCCGCUCCCCCGCCAUGAGACCACGUUCCCGCAGCCUCAGUCCCGGGCGCUCGCCUAUCUCCUUCGACCAUGAGAUCGUGAUGAUGAACCAUGUGUACAAAGAGAGGUUUCCCAAGGCGACGGCUCAAAUGGAGGAGCGUCUGGCUGAGCUGCUCAGCUCCUCGGCCCCGGAUAAGGUGCGCCCGCUGGCUGACGGGGUCCUGAGCUUCAUCUACCAUCAGCUGAUAGAGCUGUCCAGAGACUGCCUGGAGAAAAGCAGAGAAGGCCUCAUCACCUCCCGCUACUUCUACGAGCUCCAGGAGAACCUGGAGAAGCUGCUGCAAGAUGCUCAUGAGCGCUCAGAGAGCGUGGAGGUUACCUUUGUUACACAACUCGUCAAAAAGCUGAUGAUCAUCAUCGCCCGGCCAGCACGGCUACUGGAGUGCCUGGAGUUUGAUCCUGAGGAGUUCUACCAUUUGUUAGAGGCAGCAGAGGGCCAUGCUAAGGAGGGUCAGGGCAUCAAGUGCGACAUCCCCCGAUACAUCAUCAGCCAGCUGGGCCUCACCAGGGACCCCCUGGAGGAAAUGGCCCAGCUGAGCAGUUAUGACAGCGGGAACCCAGAAACCCCAGAGACUGAUGAAUCAGUGGAUGGUCGAGGGACCACAGUCCCAGCAGCUCCGCCACCGACUAAAACCAAAACACCUCGCGAGGAAGACUUUGAAAACAUCAAGCUCAUCAGUAAUGGUGCCUAUGGCGCUGUGUUUCUGGUGCGUCACAAGGAAACCCGGCAGCGUUUCGCCAUGAAGAAGAUCAACAAGCAGAAUCUGAUCCUGAGGAACCAGAUCCAACAGGCCUUCGUGGAACGAGACAUCCUGACGUUUGCCGAGAACCCGUUUGUUGUCUCCAUGUUCUGUUCCUUUGAGACCAGGAGACACCUCUGCAUGGUGAUGGAGUAUGUGGAGGGUGGAGAUUGUGCCACGCUGCUGAAGAAUAUCGGAGCUUUGCCGGUCGAUAUGGCUCGUAUGUACUUUGCAGAGACCGUCCUCGCAUUAGAGUAUCUUCAUAAUUAUGGCAUCGUACACAGAGACCUCAAACCUGACAAUCUUCUCAUCACCUCCAUGGGACACAUCAAGCUGACAGACUUCGGUCUCUCAAAGAUCGGUUUGAUGAGUUUGACCACAAACCUGUAUGAAGGACACAUAGAGAAAGACACCAGAGAGUUCCUUGAUAAACAGGUGUGUGGCACUCCUGAGUACAUUGCCCCAGAGGUGAUUCUGCGUCAGGGCUACGGGAAGCCAGUGGACUGGUGGGCGAUGGGAGUCAUCCUCUAUGAGUUCCUGGUGGGCUGUGCUCCCUUCUUUGGAGACACACCAGAGGAGCUAUUUGGUCAGGUCAUCAGUGAUGAGAUCAUCUGGCCGGAGGAGGAAGAAGCUCUGCCUCUGGAGGCGCAGGACCUUAUCUCCAAACUGCUGAGACAGAAUCCUCUGGAGAGACUGGGCACAGGAAGUGCCUUUGAGGUGAAGCAGCACCCGUUCUUCACAGAGCUGGACUGGAACAGCCUGCUGAGGCAGAAGGCCGAGUUCAUUCCCCAGCUGGAGUCUGAGGACGACACCAGCUACUUUGACACUCGUUCUGACCGGUACCACCAUGUAGAUUCAGAAGAAGAAGACGACACCAAUGAUGAUGAACAUGUGGAGAUUAGACAGUUCUCCUCCUGCUCACCUCGCUUCAGCAAGGUGUACAGCAGUAUGGAGCGUCUGUCUCUGCACGAGGAGAAGAGGACUCCUCCUCCCACCAAACGCAGCCUCAGUGAGGAGGGAGGAGAUCGCAUCGACAGCUUAAGCGGACUCAAGUCAAGAGAUCGAUCCUGGCUGGUGGGAUCUCCAGAGAUCCUGCGGAAGCGUCUGUCUGUUUCAGAGUCGUCCCACACAGAGAGCGACUCCAGCCCCCCACUGACUGUCCGGAGACGCUGCUGCUCAGCCAUCAUUGAGAUGCCACGCUUUGCCAUCUCCUCAGAGGAAGAGGGAGGCCAAGGUCAAGGUGCAGCUGGAAGUCGUAAGAGUCCCAGCCUGUUGGGUCCAAGUGCAGUGAGGGGCCCGCGUAGUGACGAGCUGCCCCUUGCUAUCCCAGAGCUCCCAGUUGAGAGAGAGCUAAAGCUGGAUGAGUCUCCCACUACACCAAGCUCCUCCUCCUCCAGUCAGCUGAGCAAGGCCACACUCACACCUGGUAGUUCAGGGGAUGUGUGUGAUCGUGGUCACAGAGGUAACGGCAGUAAUGGCGGGGCCAGUGGAGCUGCUAAAGCUGCAGCAGACAGCGACUCUCCAUCCACUCCGAGAGCCAUCAGCGACCUGGCUGCUCGUAGGGCUCGUCAUCGGCUGCUCUCUGGAGAUGCAGACAAACACACAGCGACGCCGAGCUCCAGACCACUCAACAAGGUCAUCAAGUCGGCGUCUGCCACCACUCUGUCACUGAUGAUCCCUGCAGACCACCAUGGAGCCUCUCCGUUGGCCAGCCCAAUGUCGCCCCACUCACUGUCAUCUAAUCCGUCGUCGCGGGACUCUUCCCCAAGCCGGGAUCUGUCCCCAGCCGUGAGCAACGUCAAGCCCGCCAUUGUGAUCCACAGAGCAGGCAAGAAGUAUGGCUUCACCCUGAGGGCCAUCCGAGUAUACAUGGGAGACUCUGACAUCUACACUGUACAUCACAUGGUCUGGUAUGUGGAAGAGGGCGGUCCAGCCCAUGAUGCAGGGCUUAGGGAGGGGGACCUAAUCACCCACGUCAACGGAGAACCAGUUCACGGUCUGGUUCACACAGAGGUGGUGGAGCUCAUACUGAAGAGUGGUGCCAAAGUGUCCAUCUCUGCCACCCCGUUUGAGAACACGUCCAUCAAGGUCGGCCCUGCCCGAAAGACAAGCCACAAAUCCAAGAUGGCAAGACGCAACAAGAAGACCAAGACCAAGGAAGGACAGGACAGUAAGAAGAGAACGUCUCUGUUCAGGAAGAUCACCAAGCAGGCUUCUCUCCUCCACACCAGUCGCAGUUUGUCCUCCCUGAACCGGUCUCUGUCCUCUGGGGAGAGCGGCCCAGGCUCGCCCACACAUAACCUGUCACCACGGAGCCCGACACAGGGCUUCAGGUCCACGCCAGACUCUGCCCACUCAGUUGGUGGAAACUCAUCUCAGAGCAGCUCCCCCAGCUCCAGUGUCCCAAACUCCCCGGCGAGCUCUGGCCACAUCAGGCCCAGCUCUCUGCACGGCCUCGCCCCAAAGCUCCAGCGCCAGUACCGUUCACCCCGACGCAAGUCAGCCGGCAACAUCCCCCUCUCCCCUCUGGCCCGCACACCUUCACCCACCCCUCAGAGCAGCUCACCUCAGCGCUCCCCCUCCCCUCUGCCCAGCCACGCUCUGGGACAGUCUGCGGUGGGUCAGUCAUUCCCUGUGAAGCUCCACUCCUCCCCUCCCCUGGUGAGGCAGAUAUCCAGGCCCAAGAGUGCCGAGCCUCCGCGGUCUCCGCUCCUCAAGAGAGUGCAGUCAGCCGAGAAACUGGCCUCCUCUCUCUCUAACUCCCCCUCAUCUCCCUCUGGGGUGGCUACAGCGGGGGAGAAGAAGCUGGCGGUGGGAGCGACUGUAGGGAGUAGGAAACACAGUCUGGACAUCUCACAUUCGGAGUUUAAGAAGGAGAUUCUGCAGAGAGAACCGAGCCUAACGAGCCUUCAGGAGUCAGCCAGCGAGGGUCUGCUGUCCUCAGCAGGACGCGGCGUGGAGAAGGGCAGCCUGCAGAAACACUCCUCCUCAUCCAGGAAGUUAGGGCGUCAGGAAGGGGACACCGCCCUCAGUUCGGUGUCUGGCUCGCUUGGACUGGCCCCAGGGAAGAGCAAGCUGAAGGACAAACUAUCUGCCAUCCGGCAGGACAGAGCCGAGCGGAGAGAAUCACUACAGAAGCAAGAUGCCAUCCAUGAGGUCGAUUCAUCAGAGGACGAGACAGAUGAGGGCUCAGAGGACAGCCAGGACGGACGCAGGGGGGCGACCUUCACCCCACCUCCCCUGCUGAGGCCCACCACUGUGAGAACGGGCCCCGGAGGCACACUGCCCUCCCUCUACCUCUCCCCCUGCACCCCUCAUGCCACAUUCACCCACACAGGAUCCUCGCAGGUAGGCAGGACCACCCCCUCACACAGCCUCCCCCCUGUAACAGAGAUGAAGCCCACUCAGAGCACCUCCUCUAUGGGAGUAAAAGACACAAGUUUGGCUUCAUCUACUGAAGACAGCGUAAAACAAGAGAGGAAGGUCCUGGAGCCGAGCAGUAUGACAAAAUCCACUCAGGGCCCCCUUCCCUUCUCCACCCCAGGCAGUGCAUUCAUCUCAGUCAGCAAAGACACUUUCCUCAAGCCAACUCCUCCACAAGACUCAAAGAGUCUCAGGGGGAAGACUGCACCAUCAGAAUCCAGGGCAGAGGACCAAACCCUGGACAGGCCUCGAACCACAGUCCCCUCUACCACAAUCACUACCAGUACUACCGACUGCAGAACCACCACUAGUACCACAGACUCCAGAACUACCACCAGUACUACAGACUGCCGUACCACUGACAGCCAAGAGACACCUCGCACCUCCUGCUCCUCUCCUGGCAUCCCCAAGGAGAAGAAGGAAGCUGACAACCGGAGACUAUGUGCUGCUGCUGCAAGUCUGAGUGCAACAUCAUCGUCCACUUCUGGCUCCAGCUCCAGUUCCAGCUCCCCAGUUCCUGCCCCUGAGAGUGCUGUGGACAAAGUUGUGUCCCAGCUUGCAACAGUAGCUAAGAGUGUUCUGGGUCCUGUCAAACUUAGCACCGCUACAGAUAAGAGCCAGAAAGACCAGAAACCAUCCAGAUGUGGCACCACAGAAGUCCCACCAAGUGGUCCCCUUUCAUUUUCCUCGAAACAGCUCCCAACUCCUCAGUCACCUCUUUUGUCUGAGUCCCAAACCAGACCGAAAACUGAUCAAGUUGCCUCUCCAACCACCUUCCAGAGGGCGCCCAAAUCCUCAGUCCAGAAAGACUUUGCAACCCUGCUGCCAUCGUCCUGCAAGGAUGUCCCAGAGAGGCCCACAUCAGGGUCUGCAAGCAGGGAGAACGCUGCUAUGUCUGCAUCUGCACAGCGGCUGGUUGCAGCUGCCACUCAGCCUGCCCUCACCACACCCCCCAGCUCCUCUGCAGCAUCUGAGCCACAGCGCAAGAGGUCCGAACCCCAGACUACAACUGCCAACGCUGCAUCCGCCUCCUCACAACAAGACAAAGCAACCAGCAAGAAGACGUAGCAGAAAAAAAGCAAAGAACAAAAUGUACAGAUCACACCACUCAGUGCUGGCUUGAGGUUUUAGAACCCACACAAACUGCAUGUUUGGAAGAAAACAUAUUAGUAACUUCGCACUAAUCAGAGAGUUUGACUUUCAAAGCAAAAGAAGGGUGCAGAGAGAGACAAAGAGCUAUCAGAAGCAGAGACAGAUGUGGUAGUCCUAGUUCCAUUCCAGGUGUUCUGUACUCUUAAUGUUCACGUGAGUUAUUUUGGUGUCCUGACUCUUUGGUUUCUGCUUUUAGAGUAAAUGCCACGAGGAAUUGGUGGGGGGUUUUUUUCUUCUCUUUUUUGCAAACAUGUACGGGGCUAGAAAUAAAGAGCUCAGUGGUCCAUGCUUAUACAAUUUAACAUGCAGACACACACCUGUCUUGCUCACAAUGUUCCUGUGCUGCCUCAUUACUUUUUACCUUGAUGUUUGGCAGAUCCUACAAGCAUGUUCUUCAAACAGAUUAGGACGGGAUUCCUCCCGUCCCUCCUUUCCCGACAAUGUUAACCCACCCACCAAGAAGAUUGUAUCUCAGCAGUAAAGUACAGCAUAUGUUUAGCAAUCAGUAUAAAUGCAUAACAGUGUUUAUAAUAGGGCUAAAUCUGAACCGUCAAUGUAAACUCAGCACCCAGCUAACUAGGCCAAAUUAAAUCUUCCUCUUGCUGUAGUCUCUGGUGAUCCGACACUGCAGGCAUACAGAAGGCGAGAUGUAUUCCCUGAGCACAGAUUGAAGACGUGGUUCAGUGUUUUGAGGGUAUUCCUGGGAAUGUCAGUGGUGGAUUAGAAUAGUGUUUCUGCGGAUUUACCAAGACUGCACUCAGGCACAGAUCUCAACCCACAGUUUCAAUCUCGUACUGAACCUUGUGCAUUUACUUGCCAUUUUCCACAACCCUAGGCAUUUGUUUCUACUAGCUAGCACAGAUCUUAUUGUAGCUUAUUAUUGAGAAUGAAUAUCUGUUAGUAUAUAUUGUUAAAAGUUAAUCUGCUGUCAGAAUCUGAGCAAAUGUUCUCAGAUCUGUUUCAAGUUCCAGUUCUUUCCAGGCUGAUCUUUAAACAUUUGGAAAGCAGUGAUGGCCUAGAAAGUGGGAAAAUUUGACUUUUGACUCCAACAUGUGGCCGGUAGCUAAGGUGAUAAAGGGUUUGAUUUCAAUUAUUAAAUCCAUUUUUAGAUUGGAAGAUACCCAGAUUUGCUGAGCCCUGACAUUGACAAAACUCUCUUUAGUGUUUUAAUUCAUACUUUUAUUUUUUAUUUUUUAUUUUUUUGCUUGCAACUGUUGUGCUCAUGGCACAUUACUGUAGUUUCCUACAAAUGCUGAAAGCUAAACAUAAAUGCAUUCAAUAAGGGAUUUGAAAAACUUCACAAUCAAAAAGCCAAUUCAGUACUGGAUACAGACCCAAUAAAAUCUUAUCAAAACCCAACCCUAGCAUAUUGGCAUUUGCACAGUUUCAUGGUUAUUAUGUUUCUGGAUGUGUUUUAAGUCAGAUUCAGACAUCUUUUACAAGUCUUGUAUUGGUCACCUGCACACACUUCCAAAAGCAGAAACAGCUUCACCAUCAUGGUCAGACUCUUUUAUUUAGAACCACUCUUCUGUCGGACCACCACCUUUUUAUUUCUAGGCCCAGCAGCCUCUGAAGGCUGCAGUAGUUUUAUUUGGUAUCUGGACCAACUUGCUGUGUUUUUUGCCUCUAAUGAAGUGAAGUCAUCAGACUUUACUUUUGUACGUGUGUGUGUGAGGGAGCGAGCGUUUGUUAAUUUGUGCAUGGUUAUUUGUGUACAUAUAUAUACAUAAGAAUAUUUAAAGUUCUGUUGUGCAACUGUUUUAUACCCUGAGUGUGUGUUUAUGCGUAUGCGUUUUAGGAUUAACUUUGUUCGGGACACCCUGCUACCUGUGUAUGUGGCUGAGCUCUCUAUGUCUUCUGUGUCAGGCGUCAGGCUUUGCACAAACCUUUGAGCUCAUUUUGUCAAAUGUAAAAAAAUCACUAAAAGGAAGCUGGUCGAGAUGUUUGACCACUGACUGCUGUGCUGGGUUGGAGCUCCGCUCUGCUGUUGCUUCAGAAGGCAAACACAAAAAUGCAGUUAGCCUGUUAAAAUCAAUCCAUCAUGGUGUGUUUUGUUUAUUUGAUUGUUUGUUUUUUUUUGAUAUACCACCUUUAAUUUUUUCAGUGUUGUCCUGAUCUUUUCCCUGAUUCCUACUGUACAUUUGAAAGCAAGAAACAGAUUGUUUGUGUUUUGGUUUCUUUGAUAUUUUUAAGAAAAUCACCCUUCAUUGAAUGCACAUCCAACCCAAACCUGGUGUGGGUCCACUCCAGUUGUGCAUUUGAACGUUUUCUGAGAAGUGGGAUGUUCCUCUCUCAAGUUUAAGAUGAACUAAACCUCCUUCAGUGUUUUGUGUCUUUAUGGGGCUUGUGUCACUGUUGGAGAGAAAGCAAAACUCACUGGUUACAGUUUAAUUAAGAGUUUUCAAGCUCAGUUUAAAGGACACUGUUAAACUGAUAUCAACACUGACUGUGGCAAUCUCUGUAUUAUGUUUACAUGUUCUUGUUUUGUAUCUUUGUGUUUUUUUGUUGUUGGUUUUGGGUUUUUUUUGUCAAUGGAACUUGUUGCCUGUAGCAAUCAAACCUCCUCUGACAGGCUAGGAUAAUUACCAACGUGUUUAGGUGACUCCUGAUCAUAAUGUGGUGUGUUAGUAUUUAGCUGUGUGAUGAAGAGGUCACCUGUGAUUGAGGACGUGUAGAAAGGAGGAAGAUUCAGCGCAACACAUGUUAAAAUCAUCUCUGCUCUUGUUUGCGUUGCGCUGGUCGUCUCCUGGCACUGCAGAAGUGUGUUACCAGGUGUUUCUGUGGAACACAUCAGAGGUGUUGAGACUUGUGGGGAGGAAGCAGCUUCCCAUUGUUUGAGCUUGUGACCUCUCAGGAUUUACCUGCAGUAUGCUUUGGUCAAUCAGACGGUCUGGAAGUUGAUGACUAAUGAGUUUAAAAAUGCUUCUGUCUUUGCUGGCGUCAGACUUGAAUAGUUUUAUUUAUAAUGCGACCACAUUGGAUGUUAUUCAUACACACAACACAAACUUCUUGCCUCAUAGCAUGGUAUCAUCAGAAAACUGAGAUGACAGAGCAGAAAUCAGUGUGCGAGUCAGAUUUGAGAGCGAGCACGGACAGAUUCCUAAGCACUAAAGAAGUUCUUGAGUGAACAAAGACAGAAUUGUGAGCAUCUGUAAAGUUUCAUGCCUAAAAGACAAGUUUGGUCUGAGUGAACAUCAAGUCAGGCUGGACUUUGAUGGGCAGUUUUGGUUUGACCCUGGUUCCAGUGCAAUGAAUUACCUGCAUCUAAAGCUUACAAAUCUUGGGUCUGUUGUCGAUUCUGAUUCGAUGAAUGCUAUGAAACCUGAAGCUUUCCCCCCUUAGUAACAUCAGUAAGCUCAUUGUGCUUAAGAUCUUAAAAUCUGUGAGCAGAAUUCCCAACUGGUGGCACACAAAAUCAUGAUUCUGUACCUUAAUCCAGAGCAGUGCGAAUAUUAUCAGCUGAAUUUGAGCUCAUCACAGAUACAUCAGUAUCACUGCAUAUACUGGGCAAUCAGCAAUCUUGAACCCAUCGACUAUCAGUCUCAACGUGAUACAGCCUCUGGGGGCAAUGACCAAUAUUUGAUGGGUUCUGGUGUAGCCAGCUGAUAUCGGGGCUAACACUUCCUCUUCCAUCCAUUUUUACAGUUUGAUUAGCAACUUGAAACAGGGUCACAUAAUGUUUCGGCUCAUAUCUAGACAGAUCAAUUUAAAAAAAAAAAAGAGAAUAAAAAGUUCAUCUUUGUCAGACGAUAGCCAGUAGGUUCCAAGAUUGCGAUUCUGUCAGUGUUCCACCUCUUCACACGGACUGUUGACCUGCUAGUAGCAAAGCCCGCUCAAAUUGGUUUUGAUUGGUUAAUAGUACUUGGACUAAAAACAGAAAUCAGAACGCCUCCGAUACCAAAAUCUUUUGCCUACAGAUUCUGCAUACAUACGCAGACGUCUGUUUAUAGAGAUAAGGCGAUAAGUUACAACAAAUGUAAGUACAGAAAUGCCAAAGAUAUGUUCAAGGUAAUUCAGAAACUGUGUCCCCUGUACAUAGGUUUUAAGGAAUCCUUAUAAAAAUGAAACAAGUAUUGGCCGAUUUAUGUCAGUAUAUAAAUUGAUCAAAUUUCUGCAUCGGUGCCUCAAAAAUUGACAAAAAAAUCCUGUUGAGUUCUACGUGAAACUUGUGUGUUGCUGAAUGAUUUGUCCCUGUGUGCUCUCAAAUCCUGACUAAUUGAUUACAAGCAGGUUCAUUAAAUCCUGAAAUUUUUGGGUUUUGGUUUGGUUGCUCAAGGUAAGAAUCCUCCUCAUCAGCAGGAGUUCUGAUCGGUGCUUUAAUCUCUUCACAGUUUCUGUUUUACAUUCUGAUGAAGCACCGCUGUCGACUUCUGCUGCAGUUGUGAUUUUCUGCAUGUAAUUGGAACCUGAGUGUGUUUGUGUGUAAUCACGCACACUCCAGUCCAUCUGCUCUCAGCUGGUAGUCCUAUUAGUGCUACAUGGACAGCUGCCACACACACAUGCACACACACACACAGAUCAAUACCUGUGCCAUCUAAUGUGGCGCUGCCAGUUUCACAGUCUCAACUGACAUUAUAAAGACACACAUACAUACCAGUAUGCACACACACACACACAGACACACACUUUCUCCUGAGUGUAAAGAUGAUGGUCCAGCCAUCUGCUGGAGAGUGAAGCAAGUGUCAGGUUCCCUGGUGGAGUCAUUAAUCUCAAACCCUGAGCCUGUUGACCACACACACACACGUUGGUCAACACAAAUACUACCGGUCUCCUCAAGCUCCUCUGUCCCAUCCCAGUACUGUUGGCGGUCGGUUCAGCAGUUACACUGUUGGCACUGAUCAACCUCCGGCAUGCUUUUUACCCAUCAUGCACCUCUGCUGCUCUGUGGCAGAGGCCCACAAACCAGACGCACCACGACGGAAGUUUAUUUACCAGCUGAGAAGUCAAACUAAGACUGUAAUCAGUCUGAAAGUCAGGAUUUGAGAGCAUGUGUGUGGAAUUGUGUUAAAAUUUUCAGCUAGCUUGGGUAAUGUUCGCGCCAAAACAAUACCUGCAUGCUGGUACAGAUACUAAAUGGCAAAUUCUGAUACAUUUUUGAGAGAUGUAAACAUUUUUCAAUGUUCAACAGAUGCUAAAGUUCUGAAAUGUUACAUGUCGUACAAACACAGGUGUCUCUAUACUCCGCAAUUUGAAACUGACGAAAUAUUUGAUUUAAAUUAGAAACCAUCUGAUCAAAAAGUGAAUGCUCAAGAUUACAGACCUCACUUGAUCAUUUGAUUCCAGUUUCCUUGAGUUGAUAAUACUCAAUGCCGGGACACAUUUCAACCUAUCAAGAGCUCAGAGUUUACUAUACAGUUGCAGGAAAGUGUGCAGACAGAUCGUUUGUUUUGAUUUAUUAUAUUUAUCUUCUUUUGUUCCCACGUGGCAAUUUUGACAUUGAAUAACUUUUGUACAUAUGACAAGUCCUGUUAAAACCUGCUGGCUAAACCUGUCAUGUUUCGCAAGCUCAAGAUUAGCCAAAACAGCUGCAGUACACUCUGAGCAGAUUUGUAAACUGAAAUCCUUGAAUUCUCUUACACAUAUUAAAUCCAUAAUUUCUGUUAUCAAGCUGCUGUUUUGUCAGUAAAAAAAAACUUGUGUAUUGACCAAAACAGUGUUUUGAGCAUGUAAAACUUGUGCAGAUGAUUGUGUCCCUGCCUGCUGCCAGAUAUCAAGUCUUGACUUGCAGAUUGAUGGAAGCAUCAGUUAUGUUUUUGUCACAAAGGAGCUUCCGUACUCCUCUGACUCUGAGCAGUGUAGAGUAACCAGCUCUGUCUGUGAGGCACAUAGAUAAUUCAAAUACAUGACUUUGGGCAUGACAAGGUACGAGGUGAAGCCUUAUUACCACUAACACACACACACACACACACACACGUACGUUCUGAACCACCGUUACAUGAGAUUCAGUGAUGUUUCAAUGUGCAGUCCGUCGGUCGUUUCUGUGUCUGAGAGGUCGUCGCUGCUCAUUUGAGCAGCAAAAAUCAACUUUUGUGGACUCUUGCAGUUAAGGGCAGUAUUUCCCAGCUGUGUGUUUUGUGUUUGUCUAUAAAGAGUGAUGAAGAGGAAGGUUCCGCUGUGCACCGUAAAAGCUUGAGAAAGACAUUACGAGAGAGAGAAAAAACAUUGCUAGAGUAAAACCAGUGCAAUAUCUUUUUAUUUUUUAUUGUGGUAAAAGCAUGUUGUUGUCAAUCUUACCUUACAACAAUAAUAAAGUUUUUUUAUGUACA